UGUUUAAUUGUUUUGCCACAAAGUGGAUAUACCCCUCCGAUCAUGCACAGCCGACUAAUCGAUCAACUGUGGACCCGCACCUCCUCACCUCAGCCCUACAUCACAGAAGGGUCGCUGUCGCUAACGUUAAUUGUUGCAGCGAUCAGGGAGAGAGUCUAUAAAAGCGCGGGGUGUCGCCGAGGUCAGAUGUUGCCAUUGAAGGCACCGGGGUGAUUAGUUCCUUCAUUGGAUCAUUGUGUGUGCGGCUUGUUCUUGUCGUUCCUCUCGGAGGGGGAGACCUGUGUGUGCGCGCGUGUGUAUCUGUUUGUGUGUGUGCGAUUCGUGGAUAUUCUUCUUAUUUGGCGACAAACACCCGUCCGUUCUCGGUUUGGACUAGGAAGAGACUUUUCGCUUAAUACGAAGUUGGCUUUAAAAACGGGGCCCAUGGCGUGUAAAGUUAAAGACUCGAAAGGGCCAGACAUAAACAGACCAAAUAAUCCACCUAUUACUUAUGGCCCGGGUGAGGAAACGACUUUAGAAACUAGGAAGGGAAGCCCAACUUCGGAUUUCCAUGAAGGCAGCGCCGGAAGUGAACGCGGUUCCAAACGACACAGCACCACCAAUGGCGAACUUUCCAACAAUCAAGACAACGUGGAUUCCCACAGUGAGCUCAGUGAGGAGAAUCAAAUGUUUCUCAACGAUGAUGACGAGGAAGAGGACGGUUUUCAUGGAGGUGGACCGAACGGUCAGAAUUAUUUGUUUUCCACAUAUGGUUUUAAUCCUGGACGGAGCCCCAUUCCUUUGGAAACUCGAAUACGUCGGGCGAAAAUUGUGCAAGAAAUUCUGGCCCAGUUUGAUCUGGAGUCGGUUAUGAACAGAUAUCGAGGCAAUGUUAUCAAUGGCUCCUACAGCCGAAGAGGAAGCAGGCUGAGCAAGAGCGACGUCUAGCGGAGGCGGAGUUAAAGAGAGUGUUACAUCUGAAGCUACAGGGGGUCAUGCCGGCUCAUGACAAGACUAGGGAUGGACAGAAGGAGCAGAAGCAGAGCAAGGCUGAAAAACGUUUCGAGCGUCAAACAGCGAAAAGCCACCAGUCGUUAUACAGGAAACCAAACGACCAACGAUCUCACUCCGGUCGGAGCAAAGCCGAGCGACUGGUGGCUAACCCAGAGCUAGAUGACUUGUACGAAGAGGAG